GGCGGGAUUAUUAUGGGCUGUGGGCGCCGCCGUUGCUGCUGAGGAGCAAGAUGGAGCUGUCUGCAGUGGGGGAGCGCGUCUUCGCCGCCGAGUCCAUCAUCAAACGGCGCAUCCGAAAGGGGCGCAUCGAGUACCUGGUGAAAUGGAAAGGCUGGGCCAUCAAGUACAGCACCUGGGAACCCGAGGAGAACAUCCUGGACUCCCGCCUCAUCGCCGCCUUCGAGCAGAAGGAACGAGAACGUGAGCUGUAUGGGCCCAAGAAGAGAGGACCUAAGCCUAAAACUUUUCUUCUGAAGGCUCGGGCCCAAGCGGAGGCCCUCCACAUUGGGGAUGUACACUUUUCUGUCAAGCCUGGUUCUAGCACCUCCUCUCCCAAGCUCCACUCCAGCGCUGCAGUGCAUCGGCUUAAAAAAGACAUCCGUCGGUGCCACCGCAUGUCCCGGCGCCCCCUGCCUCGCCCAGACCCCCAGAACGGUGGGAGCGUGGGCGGUGGGGCUGGCAUCCGUCCUCCCGUCUCGCCCUUCUCGGAGACCGUCCGCAUCAUCAACCGUAAGGUUAAACCCCGCGAGCCCAAGCGCAGCCGCAUCAUCCUCAACCUCAAAGUCAUUGACAAGGGUGGGAAACCAGCCAACGGGGCCGGGGGCCUGGCUCGGCCCAAGAUCCCGUCCAGAAACCGUGUCAUUGGCAAGAGCAAGAAGUUCAGCGAGAGCGUCCUGCGCACCCAGAUCCGCCACAUGAAGUUUGGCACCUUUUCGCUCUACAAUAAGCCGUCCACUGCACCCCCUCCAUCUCUGGAGGGCAAGGGGGAGGCUGAAGGCUCCCAGGCAGCCUCCUGUGGGCUCAUUAUGAGCUCCACCCCCUAUGAUGCUCCCAGCUCCAGCUCCUCGGGCUGCCCAUCACCCGCCCCACACUCCUCCUCCGACCCUGAUGAUUCCCCUCCAAAGCUACUCCCUGAGACCCUCAGCCCAGCCAUCCCUGACUGGCGUGAGUCGGAGGUCCUCGACCUCUCGAUCCCACCCGAGUCAGCUGCCACCAGCAAGCGUUCUCCCCCAGGAGGGUGCAGUGGGGGGCAGACGCCCUCCUUGUCCCUCUCUUCUGACCCAGAGCAGGAGGCUGGCGACUGGCGUCCUGAGAUGUCUCCGUGUUCAAAUGUGGUGGUCACAGAUGUCACCAGCAACCUCCUCACUGUCACCAUCAAGGAGUUCUGCAACGCAGAGGAUUUUGAGAAGGUGGCGGCAGGCAGCAGCGGAGGUGGCAGCAAGUGAGCAGCCAGAUCCCCCCGCUCCAAGAGCAUGGGGGAAACUUUACCUGCAAGAAGUUGUGGUGCGAAUGGCUGUCCUUAGUUCUCUCCUCCUCCCCUUGGCUGUCCCUUUGCCCUCACUGCCACCUUUCCUCCUGCCCACUCUCUCUUGCCUGGAGGCUGGAGUGUGUCAGUAGUGGGGAGCAAAGCUGCCCACCAUUCCCAGGUGUUGCUGCCUCUGGGAGGAGGCAGAGAAGGUUGUGGUGGGGCUGGGGAGUGGUUGUUUGUCCUUGAAUGUGGUGUUGUCCAACGGGCGGUGGAACCUUUGAGGAUAAGGGAUGGGUGAGUGUGUGUGUGUAGGAGCGUGGGGAAGGUGCUCUUCCUUCUCCUUCCCCUUCUGUCUUUGACAAAAAAAUGAAGAGCUCCAGACACUUGAUGGGAGGAUGUGAGAGGAUUGGAGCCCUUGCCCAUGCCCCCUAAGCCUUCUCCCACAAUGUGCAUGCAGUCUCUUCCAUUCCUAUGUUUGCUUUGUCAUGACUCUCAUCCUGCCAUCUUCCCCUUUCUUGGCGAAGGGCCUGGAUCUGCCCUCUCUGCUGUCCUCUUGGCAGUUGCUGAUCCAGAUGUCCCCAGAGCAAGGGAGUGGCAGGUGAAGCAUCAUGCCUGGAAGGUGCUUUGAGACAAAGUAGGGGUGAUGGGGGGUGCCCUAUGCAGCAUAUACCCCAUAUUGGCUUCCCUUUGACUAUUGGUGCUACCUUGGCAGUUGUAUGGGCCCUUUCAGGUGCCCUGAUUCUUCCUUCCUCUUCUGCAUCUUCCAAUUUAUUAAGCUCUGCAAGGGAAGAGAAGGAAAGGGGAGUCAGAUUGUGGCCCUGAUCUUCCUUCUGGUGUUCAUCACUUGCACUUGCUUGGGCAAGAGGGCAUGAAAUGCCCUUCCCCAGCCUAUCCAUGGUGGAAGUGAGAGUGGGUUGUGCAUCUAUCCAUCAGUUUGGGGGAAGAUGUGCCAACAGCAUAAUGCUGCCUCAGCCUGGUGAGUCUGGUCUCCUGCCUCGGGUAUAAGCUUCCCCAGGCUCUUUUUCCUCCCCACUGCUCCUCUGGAAGGAGAGAAGGAUGAAUGCUAAGGCAGGUCAUUUGCUCUUCCUGCUUGCUUUGUUCUCUCCUGCUCUCCCUUCCCUGUGGUGGAUGGCCUGGAAAAUGGUUCCCCUCUGUCUUUUCAGCAUCUGAAGCAGCCCUUACAACUGCCAACCAAAGGUGCUAAUACCUGUCUUUCUUGCAGUGUGUGCAUGUGUACUAGAUCUUCUCCCUCAGAGCUCCUAUGAGCUGACCUAGAAAUUCCUUCUCUUCACCCCUAGCAAGUAGGAACAAGCAAGACCACAGCUUGCUGUUCUAUGCUCACAGCUCCCUCUUACCCUAACCACCCUUGUUCACGUAUGAAAUAAGCUCUCUUUUGCCUGCCAUUUCUGGCUUGCUCCAAUUCUGUGUGGUUCCGAAGCUCCACAGUGAGAUGCUCUUAUUUCACUCUCCUUUCUUCUACAGGACUCAGCCUGUAGGGGUAAGGAAGAGAGGUGCUGAUAAUUGGUGGGAGAGCCUCAAUCUCUUAACUCUGCCCCUGCUAUUCAGGAUGGAGCAGAGGUGUCACUUCUACACAACAUGCUGCAGAGGUCAAAAGGGUGGAAAAAUUCCUCCUGCCAGGGUUCACCUACUUAAAAACCUGCCCUGGGCGGGUGAACACAAGUGGGAUUGCCCCUCUGGUGCUUCCACAGGAGGAUGCUCAGGAGCUGCUGGCUCUGAGGGGUGCUCUUGUGGAGUAGUGAUUUUUGUGAUUGCACUGGUCUGAGAGUAGAAGGGAGGCAAUUUGUGGGAGAGUUGUAACAUUUGUCUUCCCAAGGCACAUCAUUGAAGUGGUAGAGGGAUAGACUGGCUUCUGAUCUUAAUUAAGGCUUCUGUGCCCAGAGCUUGUCUUUCUCUUCCUCCAGUGCCCACCUUGGUGCAGUAAUAUCUUUGAUGUCCUCCCCACAAGCCUUACCUCUCAGCAGGUGGCAUUUGGAGUGGUGGGACACAGUGAAUUUACACCAGUUGUGGUUGGGUGUCAUGCACAGACAGUCUGAGGGGAAUUCCAGGUGCUCUUCCAGGUGCGCCACCCUUUGUACACCUCUUAAUUUUAUUUUCCUGGGUUAAAGAGCUUAGUGGACUCUUUGGGGAUGUGAUUUCAUUCACAUCUGAAGCUAGGGGUAUGGAGAAAGACUUCCCUAAUCCAUUCACCAAGCUAAGGCUUCCUAUAACUUGUUGGACUCGUGUGUGUGUCUUAAUACCUGCCUGUAUUUUUUGUGUCUUUAGUUUCUUUUGCAUCUUUCCUGUGCCUGGCACACCUGAGGAUCCCUUAUUUUAGCAUAGCCUAUCCAUUUAACUGCAGUUUCAAAGAUGAGCAGUUUGUAGGCAUAGGGAAAAGCUUUUCCUUAGGGAAACAUCAAGGAGAUUCUUCUUUUUCCCUUCCUUCCCCUUCUCAACAAGUACUAUUCUGUGGCUGUGAGAUAAGAGGAGCUUUUUUUAUGGGGUGGAUGCAAACUGGCCAGUCACUUUAGGUUGUUGAGUUACUGUUUGGUGUGUAUGUGGUGAUGUGUUUUGCUUUGUGAUAUUGAGGUUCUGAAAAAAAAUAUGAAGCAUUUAAGUGGGAGAUAAAAGGGAACUUUAAUAGGAAACUUUUGAUGUAUUUUGGCCAAGAUGUGUUUGCUUGGCAGAAUUCUUUUCCCUGGUGUCUCUUGUAUGGUGUUCUUUGGGUGCAGGGAGCAGGAAUUGAUUAAUUAAAGGGUUUUGCCUUUCCCCAGAGUGACAAGCAAAGGAACUGUCUGAAGAGCAAGAGAGUAGGUCAUCGUAAGGGAUACUUAGUGAGGACCUUCUGUCUGUGAUGAGGAGAUGAGGGGACUUGCUGCAGUAGAGGAAUUUGUGCGGUAGAUCCUCUUCAUAGAGGAACAAAGAGGCAUGAUCUGGCUUGGCUUACAGACACAGCUUGACUGCUUUUGUGACAAAUCCCUCCCUGGGUUGGGUCACCAGGUGGGAACCAAACCCUGAACCUCUGGAUCCAAAAUAAGGAUCCUCUGCUGUUUUGACUAACUCAAAACAGCAUUUUUUUGCUGUCUUGAACACUGCAGCAGCCUCAAGUGAAUGAGCUACUUGAAGCUGACUAAUCUGCCUUCGUAUUCACGUAGGUUAUACUCAUCCUCCUGAAUUUUUGCCUUUUCUCCUUAAUGGAGAUGGGAUAGAAGAUCAUCCAUGCCCUUUAAAAAGGACAUGGGGUUGAGGGAGGAGUUUAUGAAAGUAUCCCCUUCCCUUCCCUGUAACUCCUAGGAAAAAAAAAAAAAGCAAAACCAGGGAAAUAUUCUCUGUGUCUGUGCCAUGUUUGUUCUCUUGUCGUGUUUUUAGAGGAGAUUUUAUGAUGGAGUGGAUAAAGUGAAAUGAUUAGUUUUGCAUAAAAAAAGAGAAAAGCUUAAAAAAAAAUUUCUACAGGGAGAGAGCGAGAGAGAGAGAGUUUAAAAAUGAAUAAUAAAUGCAGUGAUUGCACAAACUGUAGUGGUAUUAGAUGGUCCUUAGAGAAAAGAGUAUUUUGUAGUAUUGAAGCAUGUGUGUCUGGGAUGGUGUUUGGCUUGCUUGAACUGGAGGGAAAGGUAUUCUGGGACUAAGCAGCGAUCUCUGAGCUGAAAAGGCAAGUUGUAUCUUGGAGGAACCCUGUCUACAAACCCUUCCCAUCCUUGCCUUCCAAGUGUUGGAGUGAAUUCUCUUUCCUCCCAUACCUCUCCUGUGAGCUAAGGUGGAAUCUCCAAGUGGUUUUCCAGCCAAGCAGCCCUUGGAACUGGCCAGUUGCCUUCUGCCAGAAUGUGGAUCAGGCCCCAAUAUGGAAACAGUUAACUCCCUUUGCAUGCACAGCAAGCUGCUAAGAUUUGGGGUUGGCAUGUACCUUUCCUGCCAAGUCACUUCUCUUUUCCCCCUCCCAUAUCCAAGCACGGUGGACUUAUCUCUUGAAAAGCAGAUAGGCUUUGCCUCUUUAGGGUCUCUUAGCAUCUUCCAGCAUCAGGUGGGGAGUGGCAUUUUUCUUCAUAAGAUUCCCCACAUCAGGACAGAGAACUGAGUCCCAUCUGUAUAUAGUCCAGUGUCCCACCUCUGACAGCAGCUGGGUCUUCAGAGGCAGGUGAGGGAGCUGCCUUGUGUGCUCUGAAGGAGUUGCCAAGUGAGGCACACCCUUUUCUUGAGGCAAGCAAAUGCUUAAGGUUUUGGGGAGAUGAAAGAAGCACCUCGAUGGAACUGUGUGGUUGCCGCUUUCUGCUUUGGCUUCCUGUUUGGCAGUGGGAAGGAGUUGCCUGAACGUUCCUUCAAAGUGAGGAGGCAGCUCUUGUGUGCUGUCUUUCCCGUCCAAGAUGUCUCUGCUGGGCAUUCAUCUGGUGCAUGGGAGUGACUGCAGGGAAGGAGGAAGCCGCCAGAUGUUGGUGUCUGAACAGAAGGUGGCAGGCAGGAGACGCCAGGACAGCUUUUCUUGUCUGGACUUCUCUGGUAUCCCUGGCAUUAUAGUGGCAGGUGACGGUUGUCUCGAUGCUUCCCAUAGCCUGAGCUGCUCUUGGGAACUCAGUCAGUGCUUCCUAUAGCCUUCAGCUCAGAGUGGCAGCCUCUUGUCCUGUGCUCUCCUCGGUGAGCAGAGGGGGAUUGGGGAGGUGUGAAGCUAUUGAGAUGCAAGCUCCUUUUGGAAUGGAAAACAGAAACGUGUGGCGAGCAGGCCCAGCUGUGGUGAGCCACUGCUUCAUUUCUGUUUUCAGAAGAGAAAGGGAGCAUUUCUCUGUGUCUCCCCUUACUGAAGUUCCCAAGGAGAUUUUUAUGAAAUAACCCCCUAAACAACCACACUCCUGCUUCUUACUAGGUAGGAGCUGUCUCUGAGCUGUGUCUUCCUAGGGAUUUCACUCCCUUUCCCAGCCCCUCUUUGUAGAGGAGGUUUUGGCAGCUCCCAGCAUUUGGAGAUGAUCACUUUCCUGGGGAUCUCCUGGCAGAAAGAGGUUGCUGUGCUAAAGGAUGGUGUCUUGAGUCCCCCGUGCUUCUGCCCACCCCAGGUUGUGGCAUUAGUAGGGCUGCUCAGGAGCAGGUUCUUCUUCCCAGGGAGAUGUAACAAACCUGGAGUAUGUGUCUGGCUAAAUGCUUAUUUUUCCCCUUGCCUCCUUUCCUACCUUCCAACAAGGCCUUUUCCUCCUUGCCUGGCGUGUCCUUUUACUCCAAUAUCGCUUGCUUUUGCUGCAUUUUCCAAUUGCCCCAUAAUCGUGCAAGAGCUGGGAUCUUAUUUACUUUUAUAUAUAAAUAUAUAACUAUGAAAGAAACUCUCUCCUCUUUCCCCUGUUUCACCCACCACCCUGUGCACAGCCUUCCUAAGCUCUGUUCUGAAGGUGGUGUGCUCUAGAGGGUUAAUUUGGGGCCGGGGAUUUGGUGCCUCCUGGGUUCUGUUCCUUCCUAGUUUUGCCGUGGCCUUUCUGCCAGCUGUGUCACUGCCCUGUGCCUCUGUCUCCCUGGCGUGAAGGUGGGUGGAGGGGACCAUCCUGCUGAGGGUGCUGGCAGCCUGACUCCUGCGGCAUUUGCACAGAGCCAGAGGAGUGCUGAGUACUGCUUCAGAAAUCCCCCUCCCCCCUGUCUGUGCUUCCUUCUCUAGGUAACUCCAGGAAGUAUCUUCAUUUCAUCAGCGAUUUGGGGUUGAGAAAAUAAGUGGCUUUAUUUUAGGUUUUAGGUCCUUCCCUAGAGUGCAUUGUGCAUGGUUUCUUUUUGGGAGCACAGAUGGGAGGAGGUGGUGGAGUCUCCAUCCCCUCCUUUGCCCUUCCAUCCACUACUUCUCUCCUGUUUCAGUGUUGCCCUGUGUCAGGCUGGCAUGGUUAAGUAAAGUUUGCACCCUUAUCUGUGCAGGGUCAGCCUGCAAUGUCAUGUGGGCUCUGUGUGGUGCAUCUGAGGUGCUCUGUGUCCAUCCUGCCUUGCUUGUAAAGAUGUUGCAGAGCUCAAAGUUCUUUCUCUGUUAUUUAAAAUUUCUCCUUGGUCUGAAGGGAGGUGCAGUCAGUUUGCCCUUCCUGCGGUGGUGGGCUGCCUGUGGCAGCUCUCUUGUCCCUUCCAGCUUCUCCAUGGUGGGAAAUAUGUCCCCAGGACUAUCCUGAAGUACAGUCCUUGGAGUGAGCGCUGUGCUUUAAGCCCUCUCCCUCUGGGCACCUAUCUGAGUGCUGGCAGACGCAGUGGCAGGAAGGAGUAGGGAUACCCUCUGAUCUUCUGGGCUGAGUGGAGCAGGGGGAUGGGCAUCAAGCACCAUGUUGCAGUGUAGAGGAGAAGCAAGGUGACAGAAGAGCAGCUAGAUGCAGUCAGAGUGAUUUGAGCUUCAGGGGUGGCUCAGAAACCCUAUCUGGCAGGAGGGCAGGGGCAUGGUCAGAAGAAGCAGAUGAAGUGUUCAUUCCUGUUCUCAACUUAAUUCCUUUUUCAGCUGAGCACUUGGAGCUUGCACUAAACAGCAGGAAUGCGGCUGGGUGCCUCAAAGCACUUUGUGGGGCUUUGGAGCUAUGUAGUGCCCAUAUGUGCCCCAGGGCAGCCCCCACCCCCCCGGCUGCACCCUGCUCUCUAGGGGUGCUGAGGGUUUUCUUCUAGGCAGAGUAGCAGGCAGGUUGCUCUUUAGCUGACCUGGAGGGAGCCUGCUGCUUCCAGCCCCCCAGCUGCAAAGGGGGAAGUAAUCUUAGGUCUCAAAAAAGGAGACUUCUUUGUGAUGACUUCAGUUGUCAUGCCCAAGCUAAUCAAUUCAGUAUGCUGUCCUACUCUUCUCCCCCCUGCCAUUAAGCCUUCUAGGUUCCUUAAGAAUAGAGGACUCUGUUUUGGGAUAUCUCUUCCCCCCCACCUUUCUCCAUUUGUUUUCUUUUUGGAUAGAAAGUUGUCUAGUGGUGGUGGAGGACAGGGGCCUGCCUGAUCUGAUCCUUCCUUUCACCUUCCCCAGUGCCAAGCUUAGGCUCAAAUCCUGCAGAUUCCUGCAAAUACUGAACUUUGAGCAGGCAAGUUACCCCCCUGAGCUCUGUGGUACUUGAGUGCUUCACGUUCUGCCUGUGCUAGAGUCUUGGCAGCAUCAGAGCCUUACCCUUUCUCUUAGAGAAGGUCAGUCUGAACUCCUAGAGUGCUGAUGGUUCUGGUGUGACCCAUCUGUCUCUUUUUAUUUCCCCUCACUUGGCAUACAGAGUGAAGGUGAUGAUAAUUUUAUUAUUUUGUUUUGUUUAAUUUAAAAUAAACCUAAAUAUGUAUCAAUGUUUUGGUUUUUUUGGGGGGGAAAAUGCAUUUAAGGAUCGUGCACGGAUGAAUUGUAUAUCUAUAUAUAUUAUUUUUUUUGUGUCUUGCAAUUUCAUUUCAAAUAGUGUUUGUUUUUUUGGGUUUUUGUGGGGGUUUUUUUGUGUUUUUGUUUUGUUUCAUGUUGUUUUUUUAAUCCAGUUCCCAGCUGGCUAAACUCUGUCUAGAGCGGAUGGGUGGGAGGCAUAGUGACUGAAGGGGUGAUGGAAUCACCCCUUCCUCUGGCACUUCUCACAAGAGAAUGGUUUGCUCCAGGUUUGGGGGUGGGGGUUGUGCUAAUUACUCUUGUAUUCUUGUACAUUUUGUUCUUUCUGCUGCUCUUGAAUAUUGUAUCAAUGCCAGAAAUGGGGAGUUAAAAAUUAAAAAUUAACCCAAAUAAAAUUGUUACAUUCCAAA